GGCGUGCAGUCAGAGCAUCCGCCGCGCGAAUUUGACGACGUGUGCUUCAAGUCAUCGCUUUGGAUUCGUUUUCUCUGUAACUGCAUUGUUAUCACUCACAGGCAACUUGAGGAUCACGGGAUGGUGUCUAGGGCUUCUCCGUUCGUAACUAUUUGCCUUCUCUUGCGGAUUGCACACUGCCAAUUGGACAUUGAUAAUCCAUGUGACACGGACAUGCGUUUGUGUGGUGAUAAUGCCGUGUGUAUGGGAUCUGAUGGCAGGUAUACUUGCACAUGCAUCACUGGCUACAGUGGAAAUGGUACCUAUUGUUAUGAUUUUGAUGAAUGUAAGUUGGAGUUGGACAACUGCUCAGAAGAUGCUUUUUGCACUAAUGCCCCUGGCGGUUACUCAUGUACAUGCAAAGAAGGAUACAUUGGCAAUGGGACUUCAUGUGAUCGGGGAUGCUCAAAGUCAGUCCUGCGAAAAAAAACCUUGUGAAAAUGCUACUUGCCCUGGACAGGUGGAAGCUGAAUGUGUGGUUGAUUUGGAUAACUGCAGUGCGACAUGGUUUAUUGAUUGUAAAGAUGUCACUCACCUAUGCCAAGUAUGUAACGAUGGAGACGUCCGUUUAAUAAAUAUAACGAAUGAUACGAAUGAAAUGCUAGUUGAAAUAUGCUAUGACUCCACCUGGGGAUUGGUCUGUGAUGACCAGUGGGGAGCAAAUGACAAUAAUGCCCAAGUUGUCUGUAAGCAAUAUUGUUUCGAGAGUGGAGAGAAAGGUAAAAUGUGUCCAAAUCUGAACGAUGGGAUAUUCUGGUUGGAUGAAGUGAAUUGUACGGGAGACGAAGGGCGUUUGGAUAACUGUACACAUAAUAACAUUGGAGAACAUGACUGCACCCUUGCUGAGGCUGUUACAGUUAUCUGUUCAAGUAAGCCUUUUCCACUAUUUGUAUGUAGGGAUACUGAAUAAGCAAACUAUGCAUGAAAAUUUUACUCACAGCUGUCACAUGGUUGGGUCAAACAACAAGGAAUAUUGCUAUACCUCCUAAUUGGGUAUUAUUCUUCCCCAUGUUCA